CAUUGAUGUACAAAGAUUUUUAUGGAUUACAAUUAUGUUACAUUUUCCUUGUUCAUGUAAAAAUUAUUGCAAAAAUAAAAAGGAAAUUUUAUAUUUGAAAUACAUUAAAAUAUUAAUCUAAUUAUCAUUAUUUUACAACUUAAAAUAUAAAAAUAUUGUUACUACGUUUGUGAUGAAAUGUUUUAUUUGUAAUAUUUUCUUACAGUAAGGAUGUAGAGUGUAAAUUAAUCAAAGAUGACUCGUUUAGAUAAAAAUAUGUAUGUUGAAUGUUUACCAAUAACUCUGUAUAAUGAAAUAAUUAACGCAUUAAAUAAAGAUGCAGCUUGGAUAACAUUAGCAAAUCAUGUAGCUGAAGAACUCCAACUUAGUACUCUAUGGAUACACUCUUUAAAAGAGAUUAAAUAUCCAAGCGAUUCCCCUGGACAAAAGCUACUGUCUGAAUUAAAUAUUAAAAUGUGUACUAUAGAGAUUUUACGUACUUUGUUAAACGACUGUAAACUUUAUGACAUUCUUUCCAUUAUAUCUGAUCCAGAACCUUUAAGCAUUGUUGUGCAUCCAACAGAAGAAUUUCAUACCGAUAUUUUGCAAGUUCCAUUUGGACGUCAUCUUCAUUUAUGCUGCAAAGCUGUUGGAAUACCGUCACCAAAUUACAUAUGGUACCAUAAUAGCAAUCAAUUGCAACACUGUAUUUCUGGCAAGCUUGACCUUGUUAUAACUAGUACUUCUCAAGCAGGGGAAUAUAGAUGUGAGGUAUUUCAAAUUAAGAAUGAUGGAACUCUCAUAUCGACUUUGACUUCUAAAGCUGUAACUGUACAAAUUCUUUCCAUACCUGUUGCAAUAGAAAAACAACCACAGCCACUUUUGGAAGUUAAAGAAGGUCAAAAUUUUACAAUUUGUUGCGAAGCCAAUAACUAUUCUAAACCACGUUACCAAUGGUUUCAUGAUAAUACUAAACUAGAAAGAGAAACAUCCAAUAUUUUGCAUAUGGAUUUUCCAAAACUUAAAGCAGUUGCAAAAAUAGCCUUAAUUAUUGCAAAUGAGAAAUAUGAUUGCCAUGAACGUCUUCUAACAUCUAAAAAUGAUGCUGCAUGCAUUGGUAAUCUUCUUAAAGAAAUAGGAUUUGAAGUAAUUUGUCUUCUCAAUUUGACAAUCACUCAAAUGAAAAAUGCAAUAAAAAUAUUUAGCGAAGCCUUAGAAGAAGGUGUAUAUGGGCUGUUUUAUUUUGCUGGUCAUGGUUUCAAAAUGCAAGAAAAUUACAUGCUUGCAAUAGAUGCUCCAGAAACAUAUUUAAGAAAAGAUGCAAUAUGCGAAAGCGAACUGUUGUCUGCGUUUCUUGAGAAUGAUCCUGAACUAUUAAUUGUUAUCUUAGACAUGUGUCAAACUUUACCCUCAAAAAAAUUUAAUCCCGAAAUAUACCACGAGGUACCGAUUGUAAAUGAAUAUAAAAGCAAGAAAAAUCUUAGAAAUUUAAUUCAAGCAUACUCUACAUCUAGUCAUCGACCUAGUUACGAGAAAUUGAACUGUAAAUAUGGCUUGUAUAUGGAACAUCUUAGCAAAUAUAUUAAUAAAGAUAUAACUGUCACAAAAUUAUUUGAAGAAGUAGGAAAAUCAAUUGAUAGUUGUUUUAAAGGAAAAGAACGAAAUCAGAUUCCAAUGUUUGCUGUGUCUGUUACAAAACCAUUUCGUCUUACCGAUGCUACUUAUGAAAAAAACCGUCCACAUAUUGACCGUUUAAAUGAACUUAUGUCAUAUUCAACUCAAACAAUAAACGUAUUGUUUAAACAAGCAAAUAUGUGCAGUAGAGUUACAAUUUCACUCUUUAUGGAACCGUAUUUAAAUGUAAUAAGAAUCAAAGUGCUUGAUUUACCAAAUGUAGAAAUUAAUUUUUUUAAUUCUAUUCCCACAAAACGAAAUAACUUAUUUCAAGAUCAACAUGAGAAAGAGUGUUGGAUUCACAAUCCCCAAAUCAACGAGGGACCAUUGAUAAUUUCUGUAUCAAAAAAUGGCAUCACUAUUAGUGCAACAGUGUUGCAUAUAAAAAAUUACAUAUCUCGUUUACUAAAACUUAUAAAUGUUUAAGAAAUACAAUAUAAAUAAUUAAAUAUGAUUUAAAAAUGUGACUUUUCAAAUUUAUGUUAAAUUUUAUCUGAAAUAAUAAAUAUAUUUAUACAGCUAUUAAACAAAAAUCCUCUUCUCUUUUAGUAUUGUAUACACUAUGACUUAAAGAAAAAAAAAUAUUCACUAUACGAUAUAUAACUAAUAAUUUAUUGCAAAGUAAAAAUUUUAUUCAAUCAAAUAAACAUUGAUGUAUGAUUCACUAACUUUACUAUCCAUUGACCUCCCACUCCAUUUUUAUACUUUCUUUGAAAUACAUAACAGAAAUAUAUAUAUGAUUCUAAUUCCACAGGAAUACCUCUCAUUGUCAUUCCAUAUACUGCUACUUCAACGAUUGCAUCCUUGCUACCUAUAUUUUUUUGAUGAUAAUGAUCGAAUGAAACAUCCAAAAAUGUCAGGAUUAAUAUUGAUUAAUUCUUGUUGACUAGGAGUGAGACGAUUAAUUCUAUGUCUUAGUACUUUUAUAGCUUUUGGACUUACAAUACCAUCUAACGUUUCAUAGUUCUGUUUACUCAAAGCUUCAGAUAUUACCAGUAUUACAUUUAACAUUCAACAGGUCUAUAAACAUAUACCUGUUUAACUCCUUGCAUUAUGUUUUGGUUAUCAAACUCAUAAUCAAUUGUUUUUUUUAUAUAAAAAUACGACCACAAUAUUUUUAAAAUAUUAUCUCUUGGAAUAACUUUAGUCAUUAAUGGUGGCAAUAGAAGGUUUCGAUUUUUAUUUUCAGUGAAGAAUAACCUAUGUACGUUAAAACUUGCAUUUAUUAAAUUUGAAUAUUUCAAUUCUCUGCAGUGCUGCAUCGUUUUCAUUUUCACUUGAGUUGUAUUAUUCAUACGAAGUAUUGUGAACUGCCGUACUUGUGAAUGAAGCACAUAUUUUUUCAAUCGGAGUAACAUUUUAAUCCUAUACUUUUCAUAUGUACACAAAGUAUGCAAAGCGUAUACUAACAUCCUAAUACUAAAAUCAUAAUACUAAUAAUGUAUUCAGUUUCUGAGGUAUCAUACGUGAUUUAACAAAUAUUAUUAUAACAUAUGGUUCGUAAAUUUUUGUUUUUAAAAAAUAUAUAUACAAUUUAUAAUUUAUAGUAAAUUUAUGUAACUCGCUAUUUUUUUAAAAUAUGGCGCCAAAAGAAUGCCAAUUAAAGUCACGUUUAUAAUUGUAUUUAUCUUAAAUCCUACGUGAUAGAAAUGUAUUUUUAUUACAUUUUUUAAGAUAGAUUAUUUUUAAAUAUAUUCUGUGUGACUUGUCUUGUUGUUUGUAUGCAUUUUUAUAAAUUGGUUAGAUUCAAUUCUGAUGUAUAUUUUCAAAGGUUAUGUGUACACGUUAUAAGACGUAGACAACACGUUGUGGGACUAAGAUUUUGAUUACAUUUUAAAAGAUUUUACAGCAUUUUCUAUCACACUCAUAAUUGAAAAAAUGAAGCUUAUAACUACUUUAUUUGGAAAGAUGGGUGAAUGGUCGAAAAAAUAUGCCAAUUUACCAGAUCGCUACAUAGACCGUAUCUCAGAACGUGUGGAAGUAUUAGUUGGCCCCGAUAAAGGAAAACAAGGAAUAGUUCAUGAUAUUAUACAGGAGAGAAAUUGGAUCAUUGUACAAGGACUAAAUACAAAGGCAGUAAUAUAUAACAAGAAAAAGAAUUUUCCUGGGAUUUGUAUGCGUAUGGAGCAACCAUUAUUAGUUAAUGUACAAGUGCAAUUAAUAGAUCCUUUCGAUAUGAAAGCAACUUCAAUGGAAUGGAGGUAUACAGAACAAGGUGAACGUGUGAGAGUAUCUCUUAGAAGUGGCAGAGUUAUCCCUAUUCCUAUAUCAAGUAAAGAAACUAUAGAUUACAAAUCUCCAGAUAUUUAUGUUGAACAACCAAAAGAUACUACUGCAGAUGAUGUAAAGGAAUUAACAUUUGAAGCAAAAUUAAAAACGUUUGAAAUGGAUAUUAUGGAUCAAAUGGAUAUUAAAGAGGAUCGCAUACCACAGAAAUCUUAUUGGUAUUAAUUUUCUUGUAUAAUGUUUUCAGAAGUGAAUUUGUUUAAAAAUAAAACUGCAACAUAAUUUGAAAAACGCUAGUUACGAUAUCUUGUUUCGAAAACUGUAUUGAAGAUAUUUGUAGAAUUAAAAGAAUUAAUCGAACAUUGUUUUUUGGAUAUUUAUCUCGAAGAUAAAAUAUUUUUCGUUAGCAUUAAAGAAUUAUUUAUUAAAGAAUUCGUCGUAAAGGUAAGCCGUUUUUAUUAAUGCUUAUUACUUUUAUAUUAACACACAUACAUAUCACAGCAUGAUUUCAACAAACACGACCUAGAAACAAAUGUCAGUCUACAUUUAAAUACUUUAAUGAUGCAUUAUAUUAACAUUUCUUUUUGUUUUAUAUUAUAUAUGCCAUAUUUCUAGAACAAUUGCAUUUCGAAUUUUUACACUCUAUUCUUAUUUACAAAUCAUUUUUCUUCGUUUAUUUCGCAACGUCAUACUCAACGAAAUCGUAAUAGGAAUGCUCGUGUAUACGCACGUUAUUCCUUGAAUCAAGCUUACAAUGCAGACUAAUAGCGAGUGAUUAGAAAAAGCAUUCCUUCUUUUAUAAUCUAAUGAAAUGUACGC